CGGCUACAGGCUUUGGUACUCGAGGAGAAGUCAUUUACUCAGGUGGGGUGGACAAGGCCAAGCCGGUUCGGGCCGAGCCCAGGCCUCGCAAAUACACAGUGUUUUCUGAGGAAGCAAAGCUGUACUCACUGCGGCAGGAAGAUAUGAUCUAGUGUGGGUGAAGUACUCGUCUCAUAUAGACCUGAUUGUGAAUGGCGAUUGAGGGAAUUAUUUCUCUCCUUGGAUUUGUGUUGUUUUGCCAUGGGGAACAGUGCCCUGAAAGCUCACCUGGAGACUGCACAGAAGACGGGUGUGUUCCAGCUUACAGGGAAAGGCCUGAAUGAGUUCCCUGUGGACCUACAGAGACUCGCAGGAAAUUUGAGAACAGUGGAUCUUUCAGGAAACAAGAUUGAGCACUUGCCUUCUGUCAUUGGGCAGUUCGCAGCACUGAAGAGUCUGACUGUCAAUAACAACAAACUGGCUGUUCUUCCUGAGGAUUUGGGCAAGCUGAGGAAACUGGAGAGUCUUCACCUCUGUGCUAACUCAUUGAAGCAUCUCCCUUCCAGUUUUGGGCAGCUGGCAGCCUUGAAGACCCUGAGUCUCUCUGGGAACCGGCUGCGGGAGUUUCCCCUCCAACUAUGUCAACUACGACACCUGGAUGUGGUGGACCUGUCCAAGAAUCAGAUCCAGCGUCUUCCGGAUGACCUGGAGCAGCUGCAGGCUAUUGAACUUAAUGUCAACCAGAACCAGAUCUCUCAGAUCUCACCACGCAUCUCCCGUUGUCCACGGCUGAAGGUGCUGCGGAUGGAAGAAAACUGUUUAGAAAUCUCCAUGAUUCCCAUCAGCAUUCUGGCUGAUUCCCAGAUCUGUCUGUUGGCUCUGGAAGGCAAUCUCUUUGAAAUAAGGAAGCUGCGAGACCUGGAGGGAUACGAUAAGUACAUGGAGCGCUUUACAGCAACAAAGAAGAAAUUUGCUUAAUGGACAUCUAGGUGCACGAGCCUUUGAACUAUGGGACAACGGGCUGGUCCAUCGAUGGCUGGUUAAACAAUAUAGUAGCUUGUUAGGCCACGGGA